AUGGUUGGUGAUCGCGACAAAUAUAUUGGGUUGGCACUGGCUGUCUCUUCUAGUCUGUUGAUCGGAACGUCUUUUAUCAUAACGAAGAAGGGCCUAAUCGAUGCAACACGCAGACAUGGUCCUUCUAGUGACGACCAUAGUUACCUAAAGAAUCCGAUCUGGUGGGUAGGAAUGGGUACAAUGGUGGUUGGUGAAUUGCUUAAUUUUGCUGCCUAUUCAUUUGCUCCCGCUAUCCUUGUAACUCCCCUUGGUGCUUUGAGUGUUUUAAUCGGAGCUGUUUUAGCUUCACUAUUUCUCAAGGAAAAUCUUGGGCGAAUAGGGACAGUGGGGUGUGGCUUGUGUUUAAUUGGUUCAAUAAAUAUUGUGAUACAUGCACCAGCGGAUAGGGAUAUUUUGACUGUUGACGAAAUUCUAGCCUUUGCUCUCCAACCUGGCAGCCUUUUUAAUAUACUGUGUGCUGGUCGCUUCGUAUACAAUUAUCGCGAUACAUCGUAUUGUUUUGGUAUAGCUCUCAAAUUGACGUUCGCGGGUAACAAUCAGUUAACCCAUCCAUCAACUUAUGUAUUCAUAAUCAUUUCUGCCCUGUGUAUAUUGGUACAAAUGAAUUAUUUCAACAAAGCUUUGGAUCAAUUUGAAACUAAUAUUGUAAACCCUAUAUAUUAUGUCUCUUUCACGACGUCGACAAUAUUUGCUUCUGUCCUACUAUUUCAAGGUUUCAAUACUAGCAAUGCGGUCAAUGUAAUCAGCCUAUUUUGUGGUUUCCUAACUAUUUUCGCUGGUGUAUUUCUUCUAAAUGGUGCAAAAACCGAUAGACUACUGACUAGGCCUUCGCAAAACGGUAAUGGGGUAUUACGAUCAUCAAUAUCAUUAGAUGUACAUGAUAUGAUGAAAACAAGAGAUGCUACGUUAUUGAACGCUUUUAAUGAAGAAAGUUUAGGAUUAACUCAAUUAAAUGAUAUAUCUGAUUCUGAAGAGGGUUGA